AUGAGCGCAGAUCCUUCUAAUACCAUUAAAUUUCUACAUGGAGUUGGCGGUGUUGCCGAUGUUGUCGGUUAUCCUACUAAGCUCUGGUAUGCAACAAAAAAAUAUUCUAUAAAUGGCACAAUAUCUACAGCAGCUAUUAACACUUGGGUGCAAUUCUCUUUAGCUUAUAUUGCUGCAGUUAUGAUCACUCGCAAUGAUCUAAGUUUUCUUACAAAUAUAUUAGAUCCAAAUGCAAUUUCAUUAUAUGCUCUCGUUUCCCUCGGUCUUGUAGCGGCUUUUUUAAUUUCUGUAACCCUUAAAUAUAUACAUAAGCAAGAAAUAAAAGAUGAAAAAUUCAUAAAUAAAGACAUUAGAGGUGGACAAAGUGAUGAGAUAAACCAUCUCGCACAAGAUGUGCGAUCAAUAGAAACUAUUUCUGAUGUAAGUCAUAUAACUGAUAAAAAAAUUUCAAUAAUCGUACCCAUUGGUGAAAAGCAAGGAGUAAUAUUAGAAAAUCAGGCUGCAGAGAAUAGAAAUAAAGUUAUUUUUAUUACUAUACCAUAUGUAAUCAGCAGUCUGAUUGUAACUGUUGCACUUGGAAAAUUUGGUCUUGCCAAUAUACGCGGGUGGGAAGAGAUAUCUUUCAUCUCAAUGGUAGUUGCCAUUGCUGUUAUCGGCGCUUUUGUGGCAUUGAAUAAACUGAGAAAUAACAAAAUAGACCAUGAGCUUAACGCUGUAGUAAAAUUCAGAAGCCCAAACAUUAUUCCCUUUUUCAAUGCUUUUGUUCCCUUCUUAAAGAGUAAAGUUGUGUUAGUAAUGGAAAACAAGGUUGAAAGCAGUAAAGACAGUGAUACUAUAUCUCGAGGAUUGAGGGUGUUUGAAAAAUUUUUGACUAAUUUCACGAAGAAUACCUGUGGCGUGUUAGAUAAAAAUUUGAAUGCAGCUAUUGCAUCGCUUGAAACAAAACUAUUGAUUUCUUCAAAUUUGACAAUCCAAGAAACGCUUGAACAGCUUGGAGGAAUGAGGGAAAAAAUCAAAAUAGAUUUAGAUGAAUUGUGCGAAGAUGCAUUAGUUAUUUGUAAACAUGUAAAAGAAUUAACAGGAAAAAUUGGUCUAUCGGAAGUUGAAAAGAUCAAAAAUGAUAUAUCCUCAACUAUGGAUGCGGUGAAAAAGAAGGUAGAAGAAUUUCAACCCUCUAGAUUAGUAGGUUACUUUCAACAAAAUAAACAAAUUGCUGAUAGUCCGAGUGAAUUUCUAAACGUAAUGGGGAAGCUAAAAAAUGAAAAUGAGGAUUUACAAAAACAAUUGAAAAAAGCGAAAGAGGAUAUACAAAAGUAUAAACAAGAAAUGCAAAAAAAACACCGAGAUAGUGACUAUAGCUCUCAUUCUGGUUCUGAAGACGUAGACCAUGCCGCUAGUCCAGUACAAAGGAGAGUAAAGAAGCUACGUAAAGAAAAGGAAGAUCUACGAUUAGAAAAUGAGUGUUUAAAGUUAGAGAAAGACGUUCUACACGAACAAAAGCAAAAUAAAACACUUAAAAAAGAGCGUGAAAAAGAAGAAAUUACAUGGAGAGAAGCACUCAAUGGUUAUCCAAAAGAGUUUUUAUAUUACACACUUAAGUCCAUUAAGUUGAAAAUGGAAGCCAGUGAAGAAGUCUCAUUACGAGACUUAUAUAACAAGGUAGUAAUUCACUGGAAAAAUGGCUCCCAGACAACUUGUUAUAUUAAUAAACAAGGAGAGUUUGUUGCACCUGAUACAGAUAUAAAUGAUAUAGCUCCGAGGAUUCAAGCAACAUAUGCAUCAGUAGAGCGUCAAGAUUGAAUA